AUGGCGUGGGAGACUGUGGCAUCGUCUUGGACUUCCACGCAGGUUCGGCACAUGGCAAAGGCGGCGAAGAAGAAGCAGCCCGUGAAGAAGAAAGCGCAAGGAGCUCCGAAAGCGGAGGUGAAUCCGCGGAUGAAGGCGGCGGUGGAACAGUAUAAGGACAUGUUGUUUGGCGCGGUGCCCAGGUUGACGAAGGAGCAGAUGGCUGAAAACAUAAGCGAGGAGGAGCUCAAGGAGUUCCAACUCAGGGCGGCGGAAUACAGCCGCAAGAAGAUGGCGCAGCACCGCGCGUUUCAGAAAGACAUCAAUAACAAGAUUCGUCACAAGCGGGCAGCCAUCGCGGCGCUGCCUCCGGGUUAUCUUCGCGACCACGCGGAGACCCCCGAUAACACGCUGUUUCCUCUGAAGCGGAGGUUGCCCGGGUGGGACACGCCGGCGAUUGAGGGAUACUACGAGGAGAAGCAGCGUGCGAUGGAGGAGGCGGUCAUGGGUGGGGGUGAUGGCGCGAUUGGUUCCGCGGGCCCAUCGCGGUAG